AAAGAGAGAAGAAAUGACAAGAUCUCUCUGUGCAUUUGGUCUUAUUCUAAGAAAGUGGCGGGAAAAAACCUUCCUUCCACAAUGAGUUUGGGAAUUUUUCAACAAAGGUGGAAGUGUUUGCUUGGAUAUAAAGCCGUUAUGUGGUUCAUAAGGAAAAAAUGGCACAUCCAUCCUUUGAAAAUUCCUCUGGCUUCAAGGAAACAUUCCUUUGAAAAUUCCUCUGGGUUCAAGGAAACAAUCAUAUACAAAGUUAUUUACCAGUUUCCUUAAGGCUUCUAUUUCACAUUCAUUCAAGGGGAAUUCCUUUAACCUUGAUUUCUAGUGAUUGAUAGGCAGUCAAUUAUUCUUAAAGAGCUAGAAUUUUGUUGCUUUGAGAAGGCUAUAGAGACUAAAGGUGGGGCUCUCUGUGCAAGGUUAAUACAUAAUGAGUUUUGACACAUUCUUAAUAUAAUCAAGGAAGCUUUUGAUGUUUUUAAAUCAUGAGUAGUCUGUUUUAUAGAUAUCUUGCAAGAAUAACGUUGGAGCGGACUAUAUAUCGUGAAGCAUGUGGUGUUCACGUUGCAAGAUUAAUUGAUGAUUGUUAUUUGCUCGAUAGACUCCAUGUAAUGGGAAAUGUAGAUGUUUCUUUUUGUUGCUCUUUUUUUAUGUUUAUUAUUAAAAAUGUACCUUACCUUACCUAUUUGGUUCAUUUUUUCCUUUUUAAUUUUGAGAAUGGGAUAGUUGGCUUUUCGAUUUUGAUGUUGAUUCAGACUCAGGAACACCUUUUCUCUAUAGAGCUUUAGGAGUAGAGAUCUGCCUAAUUCCACCACUCCCUGUGUCAUUCUCCACAGUAAUGGCUUACUACAAUCCUUCCCAAGCAUCUGAUUUCAGAUGUUGAGGGAUCUUAUACCUCAAAAUGAUCAGAAGAGAGAUAAAGCUUCAUUCUUGUUAGAGGUUCACCAUUUCAUUGUUAUACAGUACAUUCAGUUCUUACAGGAGAAAUUAAAUAUGUACGAGGGAUCAUACCAAAGUUGGAGUCAAGAGCCCUCAAAAUUGAUGCCAUGGAGAAACAGUCGUGGGCCUGUAGAAAGUUUUCUCGAUCAAUCUCAACUCAUAAAAAAUGGCUUUGGAAAUGAGGACAAUAUUGUCAUUACCCCAGCAAUGCUCACUGAUGCACAAAACUCUGUAGAAUCGGACUUGAGUGCAGCCGCUUUAUACAAAGCAACAGAUAAUGCCCCUGCGGCAGCAACCCAAGCAAUUCCAGUUAAUAUGCCAUUGCAGCCAAAUGUUCUCUUGGACAUGCCCACACAACCUUGUCAGGGAUCUAUUUCUGAUGCCGAGCACUUGGCUUCCCAGUCACAAGCCCAAUUUUGGCAGGGUAGGCCAUGUACAACUGAAAGUGCUGUUCCUAGCUAUACUCUCAAUGAACAGGAGGAACUGAAACUUGAAAGUGGAGAAGCUAGCAUUUCAAAUGCUUACUCUCAAGGGUUGUUGAAUACCCUGACCCAUGCGCUGCAAUCUUCUGGGGUGGAUUUGUCGCAAGCAAGCAUCUCGGUACAACUUGAUAUUGGAAAACGAGCAAAUAGUGGACUUACCGCUACAAUGUCCAAUACGAAGGAUCAUAAUAACUUAUCUCCUGACGAUCAAGCAAUGGCGCAUUAUGGGGUUGGGAGCAGUGGCGAGGAUUCUGAUAAAGCUCACAAAAGGCUUAGAAGGGAACAGAUUUAGCAUGCAUUAUCAUACCCCUUUUGCUUCUGAUAUUUUCCCCCAUUUUGUUCCUAUUUUUUAGGUUUCAUUCCAUGUGUUGUUAUCAUUCUUGUUGGGGUAUAUUUUCCCUCUUGAUUUGCUGGGAUGUUUAUAUACUCCUAGUAGAAGCUGUCAUAUAUCAUAUUUGUACUUUUAUCUCAGAUAGAGGCUUCCAUGUAAAUAUUGAGAAGCUGCUCUUUGGUUUCCAAAGGUGUCAUUGCAGAAAAUGAAGCUGCUUGUGCUCCUCUCUUGUUUUGUUGCUCAGUCUGAUGUAAUCUUUUGUAUAUUUCUUCUACGUAUCUAUUACAUGUUUGUGUGUGCUGCCAGUCAUA